CUCCGACGGUCUUUGAAUGCAGCAGGAGGAGUCACGCGUUGUUUGCCUGGCCGGGUGUAAACAUGGCGGACGAUGGGGAGUCGUUGGAGUCCUGGCUUAACAAAGCCACCAGCCCCUCCAACAGGCAGGAAGACUGGGAGUACAUAAUGGGCUUCUGUGACCAAAUCAACAAGGAGCUCGAAGGCCCGCAAAUAUCUGUCCGACUUUUGGCUCACAAGAUUCAGUCGCCUCAGGAAUGGGAGGCGAUUCAGGCGUUAACGGUUCUGGAGGCUUGUAUGAAGAACUGUGGGAGAAGGUUUCACAACGAAGUCGGCAAAUUUAGGUUUUUAAAUGAAUUAAUCAAAGUUGUUUCACCCAAGUAUCUAGGAGACAAAGUGUCGGAGGGAGUGAAGAUCAAAGUGAUCGAGAUGUUGUACAGCUGGACGAUGUCUCUGCCGGAUGAAGCCAAGAUCUGUGAAGCGUAUCAGAUGCUGAAGUCACAGGGAAUUGUUUCAGAGGACCCAGAGAUCCCUCUUGAUGCCACGUUGAUACCGUCACCAUCUCCUCGACCCAAGAACCCCGUGUUUGACGACGAGAAGAAGAGCAAGAGAUUGUCCGAGCUGCUGAAGAGCAAAAAGCCCGAAGAUCUGCAAGAGGCCAAUCGGCUCAUCAAGAACAUGGUGAAGGAGGAUGAGGUGAGAACACAAAGAAGUACGAAGCAACAAAUCACCCUGGAGGCGGUCAACAACAGCGUGAAGGUCCUGAAUGAGAUGAUCGCUCACUUCAGCCCAGAAGACUCCACAGACGCAGACAAGGAGCUCAUUAAGGAGCUGUACGGUGAUUGUGACAAGCUGAGGCAAACUGUGUUCCAGCUCGCCACAGAGACCGAGGACAACGACAGCUGCUUGGGAGACAUCCUGCAGGCCAGCGAUGACCUUUCCCACGUCAUGAACUCGUAUAAGAAGAUUGUGGAGCGACAGACGGUCAACGGAGAGACUGAGGGAACACAGCGCACUCAAUCAUCCGUCACACCGGGCGGCGGUCGUACAAACCAGUCGGAGAUCCUGAUAGACUUGGUGGGUUUGGACAACCAGAGCGACUCUCCACCAGAGCUGCUGCGGCCCCCGGUAUCCUCCCUCUCUAUCCCUGCUGACCUGCUGUGUGGCUCUGCUGACCCUCACGCCUCCUGCCCCGGUGCACCUUCUGCAGCCCUCUCUCUCCUGGACGAGGAGCUGCUCUCUUUAGGUCUCAAUGAAGCCGCUCCGGUUCCAAGUAAAACAACCAAUAUAAACCUGAACAACAAUCUAGCCUCCUUACAGGUAACUAACUACAAUAACGAUUUGGAUCUUUUUGACACCACCUCGUCUUUGGUUCCCGCAUUCUCCCCGUCUCACUUUUUCCAGACGCUCUUUCAGCAGCCGCUUGCUCAGCCGUGUCCUCCGACCUCAGUCCCUGUCGACAUCUUCUCCACGCCUCCGGUUUCUUCGGCAUCUUUCUCGACAACAUCGGGACAUAUAUUCCCUCAGCCCCCCCCUGCUGCAGUCUCCAUCACGGCGCUCCCCGCUCCUCUUCCUCAGGCCGCCGCAACGGUCUCGCCUGCUUCCUCGGCCGACCCCGCGGCCUCUCGCCGGCUCUCCGAUUCAGCUGGAGGGUCCCACUCGCUUGCGAAUUCUCUCAGCCACAACCUGCAAGACCUCGCCUUACUGGAUCUGGGCAGUCCUAAAAACUUGUUCUGUGAUCAUCUACACGGCACCCCCGACGCGUUGGACGUUGGCAGCUUGCUGGUCGAGAGUAAGGAGCCGCACGCCCCCGCCGAUCUGUCUUCAAACCCGGGCGUCCCCUCCUCCACCACGUCCUCCUCGCUGCUCCUAGGAGGGAUGCACGACGGGUCCGGUGGUCUCCGCCCCUUCAGUCACCAGGCGGAUGACAGCCCUCUGUUACGCUCUCUGUCCCCCGUCCUCCCUCUGAGCCUGCCCAGCCCGAGCAGGGAGCAGGACGCCUCCCUCGCCAACGUCUGUGUCCCUCUCGAUGCCAUCAAGCCGAGUCAAGUGUGUCCCGUGACGGCGUACGACAAAAACGGGGUGCGGGUCCUUCUGCACUUCACCACAAACACUCCGCCGGAGAGACCCGAUGUUCUGGUGAUGGUGGCGUCCAUGCUGAACACGGCCCCUCUGCCCGUCAGGAACGUUGUUCUGCAGGCUGCAGUGCCCAAGACGAUGAAAGUGAAGCUGCAGCCGCCCUCGGGAACAGAGCUGGUUCCCUUUAACCCAAUUCUUCCUCCGGCAGCCAUCACUCAGGUCAUACUGCUCGCCAAUCCUCUGAAGGAAAAGGUUCGGAUGAGAUACAAACUGACAUUCACGCUGGGCGAGCAGCCGCACACAGAGGUGGGAGAAGUGAACGAGUUUCCGCCUGCUGACACAUGGGGGACCCUAUAGCCCCCCCGUCUCUUAAGACUCCCAAGACUUCUUCAUCCACUUAUGUUGUCAGAGCAUCUCUGAGCUUGACACAAAGGGGGGGGGGGGCGGGGUUGGAAAGCUUUUAGGGAAUAUUUUGAAGAAUGUUGCGUAAACUUUAAUGGACCCUGAAGGAGUUUUUUAUGCCUGAGAGGGCCCCGGACAUCCAACAGGGGUAGUAAUUGUGGAGCAGGUUGAGGUUGAGUGGGGAUGACGGCUUUGCAGAAGAAAUCAUCAGUUAUGCUAAUUCGGCUAAAUUCUUAUUAUGAGUUUUUUUCUAUUAUUCAAGCGAUUUGUUUCCUAUAUGAGUGUGAAUAUUUACAUCUGUCCCUUUAAGUAUGUCCAAACUGAUCAGAGAAAUAUUGCACUUGACUUAAAGGAGAUCUAUUAAACUCACUUUCAUCAUUCAUGAUGUCGGUCUGGGACACAUUGAGUAGCGCUGCAAAAUGUGUAGCUCAAAAAAACUCAUUUAUCUGAUACUGGCGUCAGUAAAACCCUUAAUUUCAGCCUCUGUCCUGAAACGGUUCAUUUCAGCUACUGUCUCUUUAAGAGCCCCGCCCCCCAACAUGCACACUUUCCUCCAGUUGGCCAGAUUUGUUUGAAGCAGUCACAGGGAAGUUUGAGUGAGCUGUUGAGCUCGUCCUUCAACUUUGCUCUUAUGCUGCGCUCCAUUUGAUCUCGGAAGUGGAAAUUUCCGAGUCGCCGGUUGAAACGUCAUCAGGAACGCCUCCUGAAGUUGAAAUUCUGACUCGGAGACUCUUCAGUAGCCCCGAGUUCAAAUCCAACAUGGCUGCUACGUGCAUCAACGGGGACAUUUAAGCUGUAACUGUUGUGUUUAUUAGCAGCUUAGUCGUCUUUCUGUAUAAUUAAAUCAAUCACACCGAUGGUAUCGAGCAAGUUCUAGUAUGUGGUUAUCAUCUGGCGUUAGCUAACAAAACAAAGGUAUUCCUGGAGGAGUCCAUGCUGCUUGUCCGACUUGCACGGGCGUCUCGUCAUUCCCAGCUCCGAGAUGAAUGGAACGCAGCGUUGUACGUCGGCAGAAAUCCAGAAUCCUAACAUUAUAUGUUUGUAUUUAAAUAUGGAUCAACAUAAUAGAUCUCCUUUAAAAAAAAAAAGCUGCAAACACAAAAUGUAAAGGUGAUUGAAAAGCUGUGAAUCAUGAGAACUAAGAGGUCUAAACUCUGUUCAACAUGACGUGGUGCUGACUUUGUUUCUUUACGUUAUCACACUGAAGAAGAACAGCACUUAAAGAUUGUCUCAUCAGGAAUCAGCUACUCUCACUUUUGUUCCUCCAGUUUGUCCGACACUUACUACUGAGUACUUUAAUGACUUCUAGGUUCUUAUUCAGCUCCAGCCGCAGUGUUUUCAGUAUUUACCUUACAUAUUUAUUAUCAUAAGUGUGUUAUUUAUUUAGCUUUUUUUGGGAGAAGGUUGUCAGAUUUGUUAAUGUCCUGUAAGGUAUCUCUUUUUUAAGGCUCUUUAUGACGGAGGGACACGUUCAGUAUUGCAGUAAGACGAGCACUGAUCAGUUGUGUUUGUCGAAGAUGCUUUAGAGUUUUAAAAAGGUCAUUUUUCUGUUACAUAAUGAACGAAGUGUUGAGCUAAGACGAGUUACAUGUCAGGUUGUUGGGAGAUUUUUUAAUUGUUUAUGUACAGUACAGGUUAUUUUACCAGAUAAACCAGCAGAUACGUUCCUGUAAUAAUAACCCCUUUUGUUUUCAGUCACCACAUCCAUCGAGGAAUACGUUCUGUAUAUGAAGAUGAGCUUACAUACACUGACAAUUAACCUCAGCAGACAGAGAGGCAUAUUGUAAGGCACAGGUUCAUUAAAUGUCAUGUAUGGCUUUGAAGUAGGCAGUUUUCACUGGGUCACGUUAUCGUUAACUCAUGAGAGAUUCAUAGUGCAACAUGUGGAAAAUACAAGAAUUGUAAAUCUUGAGAGAAAAUAUUCACAGUCGAAAACAUGUCAAAAAGCUGAAUCUUUCUUUUGUCUUUCUGGGUUUAUUAGUGCUGUAAAGGGGAGAUUCUCUAUAUAUUUCUUAAUAAAGUAUUUAUUUGUCUGA